AUGGCGGAAACAGCAGUUUUUGAGCCCGGCGGGUAUCGCUACGUGCGGGGGCGGUUCCAGUACUCGGGGGGCGUCUCGGCGGAGCGGGGAUACGUCAUGGAACGUGCCCGGUUCGCACGACCCGUACCGCUUGACGAGGGGUUCCGUCGGAUCGAGAGGCAUCUCGGCGCUCUCGGACGACCGCUCACCGCGUUUUGCGCGUGCGAACUGCGCUCGCCCGGCCAGUUUACGGAAGAAGGCUUCAUUGCCUUCAAUCGGGUCUAUGUGCACACGCUCGAACGCUGGGGCAUCUUCAAGGACGACGAGAAUCCCGUUGCGCGGUCAAACGUAUGUCCCGAGGUCGAUCCUCCGACCGCACCCUGCUUUCACGCGUUCUCGUACACCAUGCCGGCAGAGGCGAGCGACGCGGCAGAGGUGAAGAGCUUCGUCAUCUCGGGCUCCGGCGAAGCGCCCGAAGGACCGGGCGGGUAUGCGGACCGGAUCAUCCGUCUCGGGGACACGGCGCCCGAUGCGAUGCGAGAAAAGGCGCAAUUCGUCCUCGGUGCGAUGGAGUUUCGCAUGGCGGCGCUCGGCUUGACGUGGGCAGACGCCACCACGAGCCAAGUCUACACGGUCCACGAUAUUCACGGUUUUCUUGCCGACGAGGUCGUCCGCCGCGGUGCGGCACCGGACGGUGUCACAUGGACUUACGCCCGACCGCCGGUCGAAGGAUUGGCUUUUGAAAUGGACGUCCGGGGUGUGCCGGUGGAACGGGUCAUCGGCUGA